AUGUAGAUGGGGAGAAACUGAAAAGAUUCACAGAUGACCUUUGAUAUUCCUGGACUGAAUUUGGCGGUUUCUAACAUCAGCAGUGCCACAAACAGCUAUGCGAAGAUUUUCAGACCAGAGAAUGGGUCUUUUAUCCAGAUAGGUUUAAACAACACUGUGGUGGGCUUCAGACAUGAAGUCCAGUGUCCUGUCCCCUCCUGGCUGCCGCUGCUGCUGUCAUCCCCAUGUGAAGGAUGUUUCACGGCACAGCGCUAGGACCAUUUGAACCGAGCACGAGCCCUGACCGGAGAGCAGAGAUCCGCAGGCACGUUAAGAUGGUCAUGGAACAGCUGGAGGAAGUUCUCGCUGAGCUCAAGGACGUGGCGAAAGAGCUCCGGGAGGUUGUGGCCCAAAUUGACAAGUUAACAUCAGAUAUCGACCUUGACUCAGAGGAUGACCUGACACUAGUGUGGUGCAGCGAGGACCGUGGCGACCUCUUGCACAAUGAGACAUUAUCCGACAACCACUUACUGCACAAUCCUCUCCGUAACCCAACCAUAGCCAAGAAGCAAGAGUUAGACCUCUACCGCAGGAGCUGUGGAGAUUUACCUGCCCUCAAUGGACCGUUAAAGGCCCCAAACAGCCCUAAAGCCCCCUGGCUCUUUGGAUCUGGAGGAAGGAUCCAUUCUUACGACAAGACACUAUAUCAUGCAUUGUGCUGUGAUGAUGAUUACAAUGAAGAUAGAGGUGGAAUGAGAUCAUCAAGGCUGUCAUCCACAGAUUCAGUGUUUUCAUCUUCACCUCCAAGGUUUUUGACUCCCACAUGUAAACGUAAAACUUACUCCAGCCCAGACUCGAAGAAAAGAGCCCUCCGUAGCUGCAGUACGCAAACUGUUUCUGAUAAAAGCACACAAACUCACUUCCCAUACAUUCCAGCCAAGCAGAGAGCUUCAAGUGACUACAAAAACUAAAACUU